GGAGGGGGCGGUAACCACUGCACUCCUCCUCCCGAGCCUCCCUGCCUCCUCCGGUCACUGCCAUCCACUCUGCUCUCCGCUGCAGGUGAACUUACCGAAGACUUGUUAAAGUUUACCGGGAGGUUCUUAGACACGGAGCAGAGAUGACCGGAACCAUGACGGGACCGAGGCGGCAGGACACCCGCAAGUUCGUGGAGAACCUGUCCGGUGCCGGUAAAUCCAUCGCGGUUCUGACCAGCGGCGGAGAUGCUCAAGGAAUGAAUGGAGCGGUCCGGGCUGUGGUCCGGAUGGGGAUCUACGUGGGAGCAAAGGUCUACUUCAUCCACGAGGGGUACCAGGGGAUGGUGGACGGUGGGGAUAACAUCAAAGAGGCAACGUGGGAAAGCGUCUCCAGCAUGCUGCAAGUGGGUGGCACAGUCAUCGGCAGUGCCCGCUGUAAAGAGUUUCGGACUCACGAGGGACGUUUGAAAGCUGCUCACAAUCUGGUGCAGCGUGGCAUCACCAAUCUGUGCGUGAUCGGAGGAGACGGCAGCUUGACUGGAGCCAACCUGUUUAAGGAGGAAUGGAGUGGCCUGCUGAACGAGCUCCUCGAGCAAGGUCUCAUAGACGAAGAGGCAGUCCGUCGUAACUCCGUGCUUCACAUUGUCGGCAUGGUCGGCUCCAUUGACAACGACUUUUGCGGCACUGACAUGACUAUCGGCACUGACUCUGCCCUCCAUCGCAUCAUCGAGGUGGUGGAUGCCAUCAUGACCACUGCUCAGAGCCACCAGAGGACGUUUGUGUUGGAGGUCAUGGGCAGGCACUGCGGAUACCUGGCCCUCGUCAGCGCCCUGGCUUGUGGAGCAGACUGGGUUUUUUUCCCAGAGAUGCCUCCUGAAGAUGGCUGGGAAGACAAUAUGUGUCAGAAACUGUCAGAGAACCGCGCUGAUAAGAAAAGGCUGAACAUUAUUAUUGUAGCCGAGGGCGCCAUUGAUUGCCGCAACAAGGCAAUAACCCCUGAUUAUAUCAAAGAUCUGGUAGUGGGUCGCCUGGGUCUUGACACCCGGGUCACUAUCUUGGGCCAUGUGCAGAGAGGCGGUACACCAUCUGCCUUUGACAGGAUCCUGGCCAGUCGUAUGGGCGUGGAGGCAGUGGUGGCGUUACUGGAGGCGUCUGCUGACACCCCGGCCUGUGUUGUGUCUCUAGUUGGAAACGAGGCUGUGCGACUGCCUCUUAUGGAGUGUGUUCAGAUUACCCAGGAGGUACAGAAGGCCAUGGAUGAGAAGAAUUUUGACGAGGCAGUCAGACUGCGCGGCAGGAGCUUUGAACAUAAUCUGAGUACCUACAGACUGCUCGCCUCCCGCAAAGCAGAUUCUGAGCUCCCAAAUAGCUCUUUUAACGUGGCGGUGCUGAACGUGGGCGCCCCGGCUGCAGGGAUGAACGCCGCCGUGCGUUCUGCUGUCAGGGUGGGCAUCACCGAAGGCCACAAAAUGUUUGCUGUCAAUGACGGAUUUGAAGGGUUUCAUAAAGGCCAGAUUAAAGAGAUCAAAUGGGGAGAUGUUGGUGGUUGGACCGGUCAGGGAGGGUCUCUACUGGGGACCAAAAGGACUCUUCCAGGAAAACAUCUGGAUAAGAUCGCUGAGCAGAUGAGGAUCCAUAACAUCAACGCUCUGCUGGUGAUCGGAGGCUUUGAGGCCUACAUGGGAUUACUGGAGCUUUCCUCGGCCCGGGACAAGUACUCAGAGUUUUGCGUGCCCAUGGUUAUGAUCCCGGCGACGGUCUCCAAUAAUAUACCUGGUUCUGACCUCAGCAUCGGCUCAGACACGGCGCUGAAUGCCAUCACUGAUGCCUUUGAGUCUCUGCUGGAGCUGUACGAGGCCCGGGCCCAUUACCAGGAGUUUUGCAUCCCAAUGUGCAUUCUGCCCGCCACCAUUAGUAACAACGUGCCAGGUACCGACCACAGUAUCGGAGCCGACACGUCGCUCAACGCCAUCGUGGAGACGUGCGACCGCAUCAAGCAGUCAGCCAGCGGCACCAAGCGACGGGUCUUCAUCAUUGAGACGAUGGGGGGCUACUGCGGCUACCUGGCCACCGUGGGCGGUUUGGCUGCAGGUGCCGACGCCGUCUACAUCUUCGAGGAGCCGUUUGACAUCCGUGACCUGCAGACCAACGUGGAACAUCUGACGCACAAAAUGAAAACAAGCAUCCAGAGAGGCUUGGUGCUCCGAAAUGAGAAUUGCAACGAGAACUUCACCACCGACUUCAUCUACCAGCUGUACUCUGAAGAGGGUCGAGGUGUGUUCGACUGCAGGAAGAACAUCCUCGGUCACAUGCAGCAGGGAGGAGCUCCUUCUCCCUUUGACAGAAACUUCGGCACCAAGGUUGCAGCUAAAGCCAUCCAGUGGAUCACACGGAUGCUCAAAGAGUCCUACAAAGGAGGGAUCGUUUUUGCCAACUCCGAGGAGUCUGUCUGCCUUUUGGGGAUGCGGCGCAGAGCGAUGGUCUUCCAGCCUCUGGCUCAGCUGCAGGGAGAGACCGACUUUGUCCACAGGAUCCCCAAGGACCAGUGGUGGCUGAAGCUCCGCCCCGUGAUGAAGAUCCUGGCCAAGUACAAGAUAGACUACGACGUGUCCGAGUCUGGCCAGCUGGAACACGUGACCCAGGUCCGACCCAAAGAGAGUGACUUCUCGGCCUGCAUCUGAACGGCGGCGCAGACGUGGACAAAAAGCUUCACUCCUGCAGGAACCCAGCUUCACACCUCGGUGACAGCUGAUCACACAAAGAUCUACUGAGGAUACAUUUAUUAUGAAAGAUUUUUAAAGGCAGAUGAUAAUUUUGAGAGCUGAUUUAUUGUAAAGCCACAGUGCUUUUGAGGGAAAUUCUAUAUUUGAUCUUAGAUUAAAUCUGGUAAUUUGAGAAGAGCCCUAUUUAUUUUAAAUAAGCUAACAGCUAACACUAUUUAGAUACCCAUAGUAUAUAAAUAUAAUAUAUGCACCACCCUUUAUGUACUGUAUUUAGGUUUAGCCCCAAGAAUGUAGCAAUAUUUUUUAAGAGUGAACAUGCCGCUUAAACACAGCCAAGCAGGGCGAUGCGUUCAAGGUCUAGCUCUUAUUCUUGUAUUUUCAACCGCUCCUUGUGCUCCAUGUUUCAUGUCAUCACCUAAAGCUGCUUACGAAUGUCCAUCUGUGUCGGGAGGGUCAUGACGCCUCGACUGGAAAAUCCCAGAAACCUGAACACAUCACAAGGUUUCAGGAGGAGCUGGUCGUGUGUCGCUGGGCUGCUAACUGUAGCAAUGUGUGUGUGUGUGUUGUUGCCUUUGCAGCCUAUGUACAUCCUGCGCUUUCAAUGAAGCACCUUAUAGCUGUUGUUUAUGUGCAGGCUCCUGCAGUGGAAAAAGUGUUGAUCUGCUCACUGUUCAUGUUGUGUAACGUGUGUGUGUGUGUGUGUCCUGUCAGAGUGAAUAAAGCAGCCAUUGUGAGAAAA